UUUGGAGCUUAGAUUUGCCAAAAAGUGUUCCUCAUUUGAUAUCUUAUCUCCAGGUACUUCACUGGUCUUCCAUCUCCUUGGAAAGGAAAAUAUUGGAUCAGGGGCAAUUAGGCAAUAACUGCCAGGUCAUAUUACUGGUUGAUUGGCUUUGUGUGACAAUGCUUGCAAAAUCUGUGGCUACUGAAUGCAAGACUAGGUUUUUCAACAUUUCAGCAUCAUCGAUUAAUUGUCAGCAAAUGGCAUGGCACCACACACCAUCGGCCAUAUUUCUUGAUGAUAUUGAUGCAAUCAUGAGUCAACAUGGUGAAGCACGUGGUGAGCAUGAAGCAAGUCCAUGUUUGAAAACUGAAUUACUUGUACAGGGGCAUUGCACCUUUUUAUUUCCAGAUAGACAAAGAGACGAGGCAUUAAUUUUUCAUGGUAGCUUGCUCACUGUCGUUCAACAAUGUAAAGUUGAUAAAGACAUGAUGCAGGGCCGGCUCCACCUUUUAGUUGAUCUGUUCCAUCACCUCAGAUUCUUGAUUAUUCCAGUAUCAAUUACUAUAUUGCACAUAUUUACCCCUAAUGUGAAGCUGUUAACACAUCUCAAAUCAAAAUCUACUUUCAGGUUUUUGCUUUUGUUCCGGCACUUACCAUUUUAUUGGGCUAGAUUUUGUACUUUUGUGUGUGUGGAACAUCAUUGCCGUAGAGACUUAAAUUUGUGAUGCAAUCUCUUGCAUCUUAUUAGUAACUUCCUGACUUCCACAUGCUGUUUCGAGAUCCCUUAAUUCAAAAUUUGUAGUGCCAUGUUGGCACUGUUACAGCAUGAAACAUGAAGAGCAUGAUGUAAGCAUAGGGAAAAUAUAACUAAAGAGUAAUAGCAAAUCUACCACAGUGAACUUGCAUAAUUUAAAAAUCUCAUAAUUUUUACCUAGAUCUCUAACCUUGGCUGUAGACAGUUUAUUAGCUUGGACCAUAUAUCUGUGAAAUGUUGCUAUUAUAAUUUAAAAACAUUCUUUUUAACAUACAGUAUAAAAAAGUGGAAUGGUUUUGUCUGUUGUUGAACGGAAAUUAUUACCAAUCGCUGUGCCCAGAGAGUACAGGUAUGACCAUAGGCUUGCAUCUUAGUCCUAAAGAAAUUCUCCUAAUAAGUUUAAUAUCUUUAUUAUGUUAUUUGAUGUGGUCGAAAUGUGCCUUACUGAUGUUUGCCAGUAUAUUAUGUAUCUCAUUUAACUCUGAUGUCAGUUCCUAAACCAGGCUUUUCUUCUUGGAAAGGACUUAGACCUCGUUAUUUCAUGAAAGAUUAAAUCUAGGUAUUGUAC